AUGAGCUCCUUAUCCUCCCCGACGAUUGGGGAGUUAUUCCUCAUCCUGAGGGAGAUGGGUUUCACAGAGGAGCAGAUUCAGGCGGCUGUACAGGCAGGGCAUUUUUCAGUGACCGACGCAGCUGAGUGGCUCUUACAGGGUCAGUACCCACGGCACAAGUUGGUCAAACAGGCGUCCCAGCCAGCUGAGACGGCUUUUUCUGCUUUCAACCCUCCCAAAGAGGCAGCGAACGCCUCCACGUCACACACACCUCCCUCUGACAGCAGAGGCUCCCUGGUUCUGAGGCCUCAGCCCUGCGUCCAGCCGUCUGAUCAGCCUCCGGUGGAGUCGCGGAUCAAACAAGACAAGAGCGACUUUGAAGAGAAAGAAAGGCAACGCGUUGCACAGGAAGCCAGAGAAGAGAGGAGACAAAAGAAGCAGGAGCGCGAUCUGGUGUUAAAGCGCAUCGCUGAGGAUCGGAGAACCUUGCAGGAGAAAGUACAGACAAGUCCAGUCACAGAGACGUCUCCUCCCUCUGACCAAGCGCAGAAGCUUGGAGGAAAGAUUCAGACAAACGUAGAUAACAACUGCAUCCUCAUGAUCCGGCUCCCGUCCGGUGAGUCCAUGCGUGAGCGCUUCUCAGCCGACGCCCCCCUCCGCAGCGUUGUGGAGCACAUCACCGGACGUCACCCCUCCCUACCCUCCUUUUCUCUCCUUCAGGGUUUUCCGCGGAAGCGUUUCGGGGAGGCCGAGCUGGCAUGUUCGCUGCGCUCUCUGGGCCUCACACCUAACGCUGCACUGUGUAUACAAACCACUCCCCCAGAAACGCCCCACGACCCGCCACGCCCAGCAGAGCCCCCCCCAGAGGCUCAGCAUGAGCCGUCCCCGCCCGUUUUUCCCCCUGCGCCACAAUUACCUGAACAAGAGGGGGCAGGAGGGCCGGAUCCUGUUGCUCCACCCUUACUACCUAAUCAGCUGUGGGAGGAGGCCGUGAAUUAUGCCGGGAUACCCGGAGCUGCUCCUUCUCUGUCUGGACCCUCUCACUUCUGGGGCCGAGGCCAGAGGCUGGUUCCUGGUGAAGCUGCAGAUCCUGCUGGCUUAGAAGGCGAUGAGGACCAAGGAGCAGAACAGGAGCCGCUGCCCGUGCUUAAUGGAAUGCCCAGGCUGCCUUACUUUCCAGAGAACCGGAUCCGAGGAGGAUUUGAGCCCCGGCACUACUGGCCUGAGCAAGGCAAUCGACUCAGAGACGCACCGGAGGAGGACGCACCGGAUCCCGAGGAGUCCGGCGCUCCGGUGGCGCCGGUGGCUGCAGGCCUGGCGGCGGUGGAGCGUCUGCAGAGGGCGGCGCAGGUGGAGGACCACAGCGCCUCCCAGGGACAGCCGUCGCCGCCCAAAAGACCUUUCCGGACGCCCGACGUGCCGUCCCUCUGUGCCUUGGCCACGCGCGCAACCGUCCACCUGAUGACUGCUCCCAGCAUGCAGUACAGCAGCAGCCUGGCGGGCCUGACCCCGGAGCUGGCGGAGCUCCUGCUCAACCACAUGUCCCGGGAGAAGCUGCUGCGCCCGCGCACCCUGGAGCUGUUCUUCGGCUGCCCGCUGCAGAAGUUUGUCCUGAACUGCUACCCGUACUCCACCAACGACCUGCUGCGGCAGCUGCGGGCCUUCACCGCGCUGAAGCACCUGAGCCUGGUCAGCUCCUCGCUCAUCACCGACGCCGGCUUGUCGAUCCUGUCCAACCUGGUCAAACUCCAGUACCUCAACCUGGCCUCAUGUAGCAAACUGACGGACUCCUGUCUGCAGCACAUCACAGGUCUGAAGAGCCUGUGCUUCCUGUCGCUGGACCAGACCAAAGUGAGCGAUGCGGGGAUGGUUCCGUACCUGCAGUCCGCCCCGUCCUGCCUCACCCAGCUCAGCCUCAACCAGACGGCGGUGACCGAGGCCACGCUGGCCGUGCUCUCCACCUGCGUGCCCCAGCUCCGGCUGCUCAGCAUAAAGCAGACCAAGGUCAUGGACGUGACGGCCCUGGCGGAGCUGUCCGGUCUCCAGACGCUUAAUCUGGACGGCACCGGGGUCACAGAGGGGUCCCUGGAGAGGCUGGGCGCCCACCCCUCCCUGUCCUCGCUCAGCUUGGGGGGGAUCUCUGGACUGGACGGCGACCGCACCCUUCAGAUCAUCUCAGGCCUGAGGCUGACGCACCUCACGCUCCCCGGGCGCCACACGGUGACGGACGGCGGCCUGGCCUUCCUCAGCUGCCUCUCCCUGCUGACCGAGGUGGACCUGACCGACUACACGCAGGUCACCGACCAGGGGGUGGCCCAGCUGGCCACCAUGAGCAGGCUGAAGAAGCUGUCGCUUAGCAACACCCAGGUGACGGACGGCGGGCUGGCCGCCCUGCGGGGGCUGCAGCAGCUGCAGGAGCUGUGCCUGGACCGCACCGCGGUCAGCAGCGGGGGGGCGGCCGCCCUCAUCACCCGCCUGCCCCACCUGCAGGUGUUGGGGUUAGCCAGCACGCAGGUGGGAGACUCGGUGGUGCGGAAGGGUCUGAUCCACUGCCCUCAGCUCAUCAAAGUGAACCUGAGCCGCACCCGGAUCACAGACCACGGUCUGAAGUACCUGAAGCACAUGCACCUGGCCCAGGUGAACCUGGACGGCACCGGGGUGACCCUGAUGGGGAUCGCCAGCCUGCUCUCUGCCACAAACAUCAGCAGCAUCCGGGCCAGCAACAUCCGCUCCAUCCCCCCCGACGAGGUCUCCGACGAGGAGUGA